UGGGGUAGGGUUGUGGGCCGUAUUUUGGCUCUCGUUCCGUUUAUAUUCAUUUCAUUUAGCAUAUAAUUCUAGGUAAUAAGUCAAGUAUUUUAACAGUGUUCAACAUUAUUUCAAAUUGACGAGUGCUUAAAGUUCUGCAUUUUAUCGGGUUGUAGUGUGGUUCAUAAUUUGCAAGUGCAGUUGGCCACUUACCUUCAGACGCUUCUCAGCUAAAACGUGGAUGCUGGACAGACACUACUGGUUUUCUUCCGUUGAUAGAACUUACAGCUCCAUCACUGCCUUGCCUCAACCACCUGCUUGCACCACCACCUUCAUCACUGCCUUGCCUCAACCACCUGCUUGCACCACCACCUUCAUCACUGCCUUGCCUCAACCACAUGCUCUGAGUCAGUUGCUUGCACCACUACAACCACUACCAGCAUCACUACCACCACCACCUUCAUCACAGCCUUGCCCCAACCACCUGCUCUACGUCAGCUGCCUGCACCACUACCACCACCACCACCUUCAUCACUCCGCCAGCACAGCAAAGCAGCCUCAACCUCGUGACGUCACUACAAGCCAAUUGUUAUCAGCAACGUCAUUCAGGACACGGUAUGGUAGAACGUGAACGAUUGAUGCGGUGACGCAACGAUCUACGCAUCAGAAAUUUUCGUCUGCCAUCGUAGAAACAAGCAUCUUGAUGUUGAUCUACACAAUCCCAACGUGGGAUCAAAACAACGACCAAAUUUUGUUGAGCCAUGAGCUCACUGCCCUGCCUGCCUCUAUUUAAUCACGCAUCACCGAUGUUGAAAUGAAGCCUUCAAGAACUUGUUGAGAUUUUCCUUCUCAAGUUUUUCGUUAAUAUUUUAUUGAUUUUUAUUUAAUUUAGUUCAAGUUGUCCACAUAAAUUUCUGUUCAGGAAAGGAAUCUUUGUUACUGAGAAAUUACUCCAGUUGAAAUAAUUAAAGAAAGAUUGUGGCGACAGAUGGGGUUGAUUGUCCCAUGGGCUUAAUCCGGGCUGAGUUAUCAAUGAGCCAGCCUGCCAAUGUCAUUUACACUCACAAGAAGUUCAAGAGAACUUCUUCUCAGAGCUGGAAAGAUGCCCCCGCUGAGCCGCUACCGUGCUCUGAAGCGGAGACGGUUCAAUGGGCCGCUGCCAGCCGUGGCCCAGAAGCUCCUGAGGACUCUUGGUCACAAGACAGAGACGGGGCGGAGAGCUUACUCAUCGCAGCGUCUUUGGUGGAACAACGAGAGGCGGGCGAGCGUUUACAGAGACUCGCUUCAAAUGCGCAUCGAGUAAACGGCACUGGUGACCCUAAAAUUUUACUUCCCUCCAAUGCUUCUGUCAGGAUUUGGUCGUGCAGAUACUGCAACUUCGGUGCCACCUGUGAAGAUGAACUCAAAGUACAUGAGGCUGUUCACGCUAGGCUCUGCUCUAACUGUAGAGCCCCAGAAAUGGCCUGCAUCUGCGAACAUCUUGAUGCUCGGCAGUGCAGGUCGACGAUAUCUGAAACUUCAAUUUCUCUAGUCCCGAAUCCAAGUUACUCCAAACUCAAGAUAGAUAAGCAUAAUCUUCCUGCGGAUCUGUCAGUCACGAGUUCAAUAUCAAGCAAUAACAAUAUUUAUCCAAACGACGAAAAUUAUAUUAGAAAUCAUUACUCGUUAAUCAAAGCUCCCGAAGGGGCUUAUAGUAAAUCUAUUUAUAAGCCUAAAUUUCGGGCUAGCUACUCAUUGGACGAGUCUACGACAGGGGGAACUACACUGACUGGUGCAACGGUCAAUGAUGACGUGUUCGAUGUCCCUGAAGCGAAGUAUAAUGUACAUUUGGACAAUCACCUGUUAUCUACCUUGGGUGACCUGAAGGGGACAGGGACUGUACCGAGACAAGCUGGAUCCCAGUUUCCUUUAAAAGGUGAUGAACCUGGCACAGCUCUUAGGCUCGGCUCCAUUGUUGGGUCGGCAUUGUUCAAGGGAAUUAAAUCACCGAGUCCUGAUCUUGGUGAACAUAUCGAUAAGCUUAUUGAUCAAAAUAAGUUGAUUAUGGACUCUGACAAUCCUCUACGCAAUCGUAAAUACCGAAGACAGACAAGCAUAGGAUCGUCAUCCAGCGAAAAUGAAAAUUCUUGUGGCUCACGCAGCAGACGAUCGAGCGCUAACGAUCCUAGUAAAUGUAAGACGGCCACAUCUACGGUGCCCAACAGAGUGAAAGUUCCGGCCGUAGCGGAUAUUCAGGCAUGUCAAACAUCAGUUUCUGUGCCCGUUGAGUCUCACAGUUCCGUGUCUUUCAAAAGAAGCCUAUCGGUCAUAAGUUCGGCUGCUGGUCCCUCGUUGUCAAGUAUAAAAUCAAGUUGCGCUGCUGCUCCAACCACUCACAUCCCCACAUAUCAAGCUACUCCUGCCAAUCUGAGACGCUUCGUCUCGGUAGAUAACAAGUCUCCAGCAAUGAAUUCUGCAGAGCUUCUGAUACCUGGUGCGAGUUGCGACCGUGGAAUAUACCUUCAGCAAAUGCCCCCCAAUCCUGAUCCGGAUGUCCACAAACUGCUCUUAAGGAGAGGGAAUAUGCCUUUUUUACCAGAUACUUCUGUAAUUCCCGUUACAAACCCGUCAAUGAUGGUAAUGGUUUGUCCAAAUUGUUCGACCAGUUUUAGAACUCGAGAAAGCUUAGAGGUUCAUCUUGAGAGGCAUUGUAGUGGUAAGACUGAAAAUUUAUCCACGUUUAAAAACGUAGCCGCUGCUGUCGAUAAUUCUGCUGGCGGUGCUCAUUUAGUUCAGAGAACUGGAGCUGGUCACGAAACUGCUCAUGAACAGCAAAAGCGACUCAUCAUCAGAGAUUUUUCCCCCAUGCAUAUGCGUAGUUCCUCCGUCGAAAAUGAACCUAGACUGAAGAAUCAUAGAGAAGAAAGUUCUCAGAGUCGUGGCUCAUCACUAGGAGCAGACGUUCGUCUGAACACCGAACACAUGAAGCAGCCAUUUCAAAGUAUGCCUCAAUACUCAAGGCAACAGUCUGUGGACGUUCCUCAGCCGCCGACCAAAAAGCAGAAAAUUUCAUCAGAACCUCAGCCAGGAGAUUUCUCCAUCACAUCUGUGCAUCCUGUUCUUGUCCGCAACGGCGUGGUGUUGCAACGAGCUAGGGUAUCAGUAAAAGAAGUUGAAGAAAACAAUCUCCCGAAAAAACUCCAGUUGUGUGGAGGCGAAGUAAAAAUCUGUGAUGGGUCCAAGUACAAAACCAUGCGCAUUGACACCAGCGAAUGCAGUAGAAGUCAUGCCUUGGGGAUGAGCUCGCCAAUUUGCGAGGUUAAAACUGAAUCUGAUGAACCUCAGAUCCCAGAAAGCCACGUUGUGACCCUGUCAACAUCUGGCCUGAACUGCGGCGGUACAAUGGUAGAAAGCCGCGUUAAUUACCUCGCCACAAGCUGUUCUCUAUCUUCACCAUCAAGGAGUGGUUAUUCCUCUGAUUCUAGUAAUGAAAUGCAUCGUGGUACCAAAAAGCUCUUGUGCAAAGAUAUCGAUUUACCCAGUAUAUCGUUGUCUAAUCUUCAACAAUAUGCACCGCAACUAACGCUCCCCAAUCUAUCUAUUCCCGGAGUUCCUAUUCCGAACAUGUCAGGAGUUCUGCUGUCGAAAAUGUCUACUGGUCAGCCAUCAGCAAUGAAACAUCUGCGCACAUCAUCCUUUUCUGAGUGUUUCAAAACGAGUUCCAGUUAUGGCUCACUUCUACUCAACUCUCAGGAGAAACCUCUGACUAAAUUACCCAUAAAUUCACCAUUAGUUUCGUUGAGUAAAGAUAAAAUUCCUUUUGUUCCCGGAAUCCCAGGUCCAUAUAGUCAAGCAUCUUUAAAUCUAAGUACUUCCAUUACAUCACAGAAACCUGCCACCAUUGUCAGCACAAUUCCAAUUUUAGCGUCUAAAUCUGAAAUGUCAAAUGAAGUAAAAGUACGCCCUGAGAGCCCGAAGGUCUUUACUGCCUGUAAUACUUUGGUAACCAAGAAUACGCCUCCCACCUCAACUAAGACGAACUUUUCCUACGCAACUCCUGACGUCCGAACAUCGUCUGAAGUUCCAUUGCAGUCCGAUAAAGUUGUUCCUGCUUUGCUUGACCAGAAAGAUAUUUUCAUCGCUCCUCGCAAGCGACCCGACACGCUACCACUGAAGCCUCAGCAAUUUGUGAACAAGUCAACAGCUCAGCUCAUAGGCAGCAUCAUCACGAGCCCUGACACCCCGCGACCUAAGAAGUCAUGCGCCCAGCUCCUACUCGAUGGCUCUGCCUACACCUACUUACGCCUCAAAGUUUCCACCAAAACUUAUUACUGUUGUAUUUUUCGGCCACAGCCAAUGUACGUUCCCCAGUCACCUGAAUCUAAAAUUUCUAUGUACUCCAACUGGCAAAUCAGAAAACCUGCAGAAGAUAAUCCUUUUAAUCUUAGUAUCUCAGAAUCCAUGGGACUGUAUUCAUCCUGCCAGUGCACGAAUCCUGCUUACUCAGUCGCUAAGCCCGCAUUGUCUCUAAUUUAUACAUACAGCGACAGGAAAAUGAUUGAUGCUAUCAAAUUUGUCCAGAAGGAAAAACAGUCUUUGUCGGCUGUAACUUUGGCAAAAAAUUUAGUUCCUUCCCUUGGUGAGAACAAGAUGCGCUACGGAGAGUCUCCGAUCAACUCCGUUAAGCUGUCUGAUAGUGCAGGGGACGUCCAGAUAAGCCAAAGUGUUGCUGAAGAAACUAAAAUUUCUAGCAGCGUUUCAGUUUUUUCACGAGAACCCUCUGAAGACAGCCGCCUGAGCAGCUCAUCAAGCCGUAUAAGGAUUUGCGAUGGAGGUUUCAAAAGCACAGAAGAAUAUACGUACGUGAGAGGUAGAGGCAGAGGUCGGUACGUGUGCGAGACGUGUGGCAUAAGAUGCAAGAAGCCCUCCAUGUUGAAGAAGCAUAUCCGCACCCACACCAACUUCAGGCCUUAUCCCUGCACCCUUUGCACCUCAAGAUUCAAGACAAAAGGCAACCUUACAAAGCAUCUGAAGAGCAAGGCCCACUUCCAGCGAUGCAUUCAGCUCGGCGUGCCCCAUGAACCGCCAAGUAGCUCUGGUGAUGACGCUUCGACCGAGAUGGACUAUGACGAUAACGAUGAGGAUGACGACGAUGAUGAUGGUGAAGAAGACGACGAUGAAGAGGAUGACGAGUGUGACGAAGACAUGCGGGAGAGCCGAGAGAACAGUUCUAUGCGUGAUAACAGCCGGGAAAACAGUUAUGUCCGUGAAAGUAGUUGCGAUAACAGCUACGUGAACGAGAGUAGAGAGGGCAGCUCCAUGCGCGACAGCCGGGAAAACAGCUAUCUCGGGGAAAGUCGCGAGAACAGCUAUGCUAGAGAGAUCCGUGAGAAUAGUUGUAUUAGAGAGAUCCGUGAGAACAGCUGUGUACGAGAGAGUCGAGAGAACAGCUGUAUUAGAGAGAAUUGCGAGAACAGUUACAUUAGAGAGAGCCGUGGCUGUGUACCGGAAAGCCGAGAGAACAGUUGUAUUCCUGAAUUUGCUUUUGUUGAAGAAAAUAUUGUUCUCGGUAGUGGUAACGGUUUCGAGAAAAACAAGGAAGACUUUUGUUUUUCUACUGGUCAUUUACUAUCAUCUGCUGCCAUGUCUUCUCACGAAGAAAUCAAAGCGGACGAAGAAGUUUGCAUCGACCUCCGCGUCUCCAAAGUGGCCUGUAGAAGCGCAGGGUCUCCUGCCUCAGCCCCAGACGACGCACCCAUGGACCUCAGUAUUAAGAAAUCUUCUAACUCAACCCAACCGGGAGCAAUCUUGCCGUCUUCCUUGCUACCUCACGUUGUUAGUAGCGCUAAGAUUACCAUAGCUUCAGUCACUUCAUCUCGACCGAGUUUUUUACAACUUGUCCCUCCGAAAAGCAGCACAAGUCUUGUGUCUCCCCUCACGCCAAUCCGUGAACAACCCGCUGAUAUCUUAUCGCCGGUCACCGAUUCGUCUAUGUUGCUCAAGAGUAUAUACAGUACGACAGAGCGCGCGUCACGAGUAUCUGUCCUGAGCAGCCAGGCUGGCUACCCACACUCCAUAGCCGCCAGUCAGGCCAGCGGGGUAAUGAUGAAAGCCUACCUCACGCAACGUGCUAUCCAGGACACAUUCAUCAAGCGCCAUCAAUACCAGGGUCAGACAUCGUAUUCAGAUGCUAGUAAUGAACCUUCAGAUAUAGAAAAUUCUACCCACGAGUCAAAAACAGGCCUCGAAACGGGCUCGGUUAUAUCUGCCGCUGUGAAUGAAGGUGCAUCCUCUAGCCCAGUCGUCAAUAUAUCUCGGUCUAAUUCGUCUUCUACUGUAGCGUCGUGUACUUUGAAACCAAAAAGUUACUAUCAAGGGAAAUGGCAGGGUACAACACUGCAGGCAUCACCUUCGAUCUCGCUGGCCACGUCAUGCGUAUCUCAAGUUUUAGACAAACCCAUCGCUGGUAAAGAAGCCUCAAUUGAUGAAUUUUCCCCCUUGUCUGUUGCUUCCUUAGUGUCUGCAUCUACACAAGGAUGUGAAGCUCUUAUUGACGACGCGACCUUCAAAGGAAAAUUGAGGGCAGCUUUCGAUUUGGUCGAGGCCAAUGAUAGAGGAGUUACUGCUUUAGAAUAUUCCUUCCAGCGCUUUGCGGUAUCUGAGGCUACUGGCAAGUUACCAAGAAGUCCGCCAAUUGUUGUCAAAUCAACUGCUGAUGCUUCAGUGAGUCUAUCGUGUGCUGUUCCUAAGAAAAAUCAUAUUAUGGCUGCUGCAAGAAUGGUUGUCACAUCGACGUCUAACUUGACUGCCCCAGAAGUGCCAACAACAACCGCUGACCGAUCCCCAGCCGUUCCUGAGGGUUCUCUUACACCCGGUAAGAAACCAAACUACAAUAACCGAUCAGGAGAGAUUGGCCUUUCUGACCAUGCAAAACCGAUCGCAGCCAUUGCACCAGCCCCUUUGGCGUCAAAUCUGACUAAACCAUCCCUAGUCUCUCAAGAUAUCCCUUCUUCAAAUUCAACGUCUAAGAUUCAAAUCCCAGCAUCGAGUUGGUCAAAUGCUUCGAGUGUUCAAUUAGGCUUGCCUACCCUUAACGACCCUAACGAUACAGAGAAGCAGGCCACGAAUUUCGACGCCAUCACACAACCUGAUUCCUCUGCUCUAACUCAGACCGAAGAAAAGCCGGAAACAAUCAUUUCCAAUUCGUCGUCGAUAGUGGCUAUUGAUGCUUCUAACAAUUCUCGGAAUGCUUCAGCCGUCGCUGUUGAACCGCCAGUAAUCACAUCAUCUCCUAACUCCGAGAAACCCUGGGCUGUGACCAUAUCAGCGCCUUUGCCACCUAAUUCGAGAUUAACGCGCUGUUUGACUUUUCCUGAAUCCUCGUCGCCAUCAAGCGUUUCAAGUUCACUGUCUGUGACGCUCUCAGUACCCAGCUCUGUUGCCGUGCCUGUCUCUCGGUCUGUUAAUUCCCAUCCGUCGCGCACUACGACCGUGACAACGCCUUUGUCCGCCAGCUCUGGAACUCUGCGGACGGUCACUGUAGCCGGGCCGUCAUCUGCCAUGAACUUGACUGUACUCAAUAGCAGUAACUCCAAGACUGGCACAUCGUUCCUUUCGCCGAGUGGGGUGGUUCCUAACCAUGCAAAUAAUCGCUCGGCCCCGGAAGACGGUCGAUGCCGCUGCUACAUUUGCCACAAGGAGUUCGCUCGGUCGUCGCAGCUGGCGCUGCACUUGAACAUUCAUUACAUGGAGCGGCGAUUCCGCUGCGAGUCUUGCGCCGUCUCUUUCCGGACCAGCGGACACCUUCAGAAACACGAGCGAUCAGCGAGUCACUUCAAUAAGGUGAAUAUGAACCUGACAUUUGGGGCCGCGAGCACCGAGAACCCUCGUCCAUUCAAGUGUCACGAUUGUAAAAUUGCCUUUCGUAUUCACGGCCACCUUGCGAAACACUUGCGUUCCAAGAUGCACAUUCUCAAGCUGGAGUGUCUCAGUAAGCUUCCCUUUGGCUUGUACGCUGAGAUGGAGAGAACUGGCCUCACGCUUGCUAACAUCGACACGACGGACUGCGAACACUCGCUUCUUAGCUUGCAGUCUCUGGCGGGUAAGCUGUUUGCAAAAGAGCCGGAAAAAUUACUGGCGUGGCGAAACGGUACAGCCGACACGGAGGGCUUGGGUGAAACUUCUCGACCACGCACCGUGUCGGGGUCAUCGGUGAACUCGGACGAAUAUCUUCUUGCAGAUGACCAGGACGAGCCUUCGCCGCUGCCAGACUCUGGUGACGAGAACGAGAGUACUCCAGUCACUCCUGCCAACUCAUCGUCAGGCAACGUUUCCUCGCUUCAAGCAGCAGUGGAAAAAACAAUUCCUGACGUUGCCAUUGAACCACAAGCAUCCUUAUCAACGUCUCCCACACCAUCUUCGCUAUCACCAGAAUUGCCUUCAUCAUCGGUAUCUCAUGUUGCGGUAACAACUUCGUUAUCGCCUCCGCCUGGAGUUCCGUCGACGCCGUCGACUCCCAAAUUAGGUGGUAGCUCGUCGCAGUCUCCUUCAUGCGCAUGA